AUGGGCUGGGACUGCGAGGAAGAUCAGCAAGACGGGCUGGACGGGCGACCAAAGCCUCAAAGGCACAUUACGUUUGAAGAGGGGAGCUUGAAUGGGAGUGACGAGGAUGAUGGAGCUGUCGAGGUCACCUUUGAUUCGGGAAGCCCAUACAGGAGGAAGAGCUCGCUUGUCACGUCCGAGGCUCCCGUCCCUGCGACAAAGCGCAUCCCGCCGGGCCGACGUGCUGAAUGUGUUGUCCAUCAAUUGAUCGAGAACCAGCGGCGGUCUAGAGGGAGCUCGGCUGCGAGCUCACCCAACCGUAACCUCCACCAUGCGCAUCCGAUAUACACGAGCCACCACGAUGGAGCGGAGGACAUUAGCGGAGAGAAGAGGAUGGACAAGGUCGUUGAUCGAAAGAGCCCCGGCCAUGGGCGGAAAUCCCGAGUGGUUGUGGACACGGCCGGCUUCGAGGACGAUGACGAUGCCGGCCUCGGGCAGGUUGACCAGAAGAUCUGGACAAACGAGAUGACCAAGACUGAUUCGGAGACGGAUCUCACGCAGCAGCAAGACGAAAACCUUCAUAGCCGCAUGUUGACCAAGAAGCAACUGAGCGAUAUGGCGUGGGGGGUUCGCGAGCUGAGCAGACGGCUGAGCAGCAUGCGCAUCCGCUUCCGGGUGAAGUGCAUCUUUCUCUUGACAAAGAUUCACGACUCGGACUUGAUUAUCAACACGAGAGCACUGGCACAGUGGCUCCUCAGCAAAGAGAGAGACGUCAAGUAUGUCGUGUAUGUGGAGAAGAUUCUCAAGACCAACAAGAAGUUUGAUGUGGGGAAGCUGGUCGAUGACUUGGUUCACGACUAUGCUAAAGAGGGCGGCGUGGACGAGGACACCGCUCGAGAAGAUAUACAGAAACGCCUAAGAUACUGGGACGAGGGCAUGUGCAGGACACGGCCUCACCAGUUUGACUUUGUCAUCACCCUCGGGGGCGACGGCACGGUUCUGUACGCGAGCUGGCUUUUCCAGAGGAUCGUGCCGCCCGUGUUGAGCUUUGCGCUGGGGAGCCUUGGGUUCCUGACAAAGUUUGACUUUGAGGACUUUAAGCCAAUUCUCAACUCGGCGUUUUCAAAGGGCGUGACGGUGAGCUUGAGGCUUCGCUUUGAGUGCACCGUCAUGAGGAGUGUGAAGAGGAAGACGCCCGACUCGGAGUCUGAGGAGGACGGCAACGAGCUGCAUUAUAAGCGGGAUCUGGUGGAGGAGCUGAUUGGAGAGGAGAAUGAGGAUGAGCGGACUCAUCGGCCGGAGGGGACAUUUGAGAUUCUGAAUGAACUCGUGGUUGAUCGAGGACCAAACCCAACAAUGUCAUAUACGGAAAUCUUUGGAGACGACGAGCACUUUACUUCGGUGCUCGCAGAUGGCAUUUGUGUAUCUACACCGACGGGCUCGACGGCUUACAAUCUCGCUGCCGGUGGCUCCUUGUGCCACCCCGAAAAUCCCGUCAUGCUCGUUACAUCCAUCUGCGCCCACACACUGUCCUUCCGACCCAUAAUCCUGCCCGACACUAUCGUUUUGAGAGUUGGCGUCCCGUACAAUGCCAGGACGGCUUCGUGGGCUAGCUUUGACGGGCGAGAGCGGGUAGAGCUGAGCCCGGGGGACUAUGUGACUGUCAGCGCGAGCAGAUACCCAUUCGCCUCGGUCCAGACAGAGGGACGCAGGAGCGAGGAUUGGAUCAAUAGUAUUAGUGGGAAGCUGGGAUGGAACACGAGACAGAAGCAGAAGGGAUUCAAGGAGUGGGACGCCUGA